GCGUCUUCUCGUCAAACAGCUCACAACCCGUAUUACACGCUGUCAUUCAUUCAAACCGCAAGUCUUCAGAUGCCCGCAUAAAACAUUUAAAUACCCGUAGGUACAUAAAUACCCGUAUUUGCACUCAAUGGUGGCGUUUUCCUCUUCUGACGUUACUCUAUUGAUAUUCGUAUUGUGCGUUCUCUCGUCUGUGAACGGAUACACUGGCGACGGUUUUAUCUCGUCUCUGGGUGAUGUAAAUGGCGACAAAUCACUAGACAUUGUCACACUGACUUACACGUCACGUGACGCCUCGUUUAGCGUCAACUUGGGCCUUUGGAACGCUGACAAGUCUUUCUACGACAUCAAGGAAGUUCUAAAAUUUAACGACUGGUCGAAAGGAGUCAUUACAAGCUCGUACUUGGCCGAUUUCGAUAGUGACGGGAAAUUGGAUCUCCUUCUGACGUCACGCUUACUCGAGUCACGUGACUCGACUGAAUUAAGUGCACAAGUGCUGUGGGGCAAUGGAACUAAUUUUAGUCUUCCAUCCUAUUCAUUCAGCAGCCUCUGGUGCUCGGAAUAUCUCGUGGCAGACGUGAACGGAGACGAGGUUGCAGACGUCAUUGCAAAGGAAUGCAACGGUUCAUUAAAAGUGUGGAUUAGCAACGUCAAGAUGCGAAAUUUCACCGAGAGUGCAAUCAAAGAAUACGUCGACUGUUUAUCAUUAGACACGCCCAUUUCCUCGGAUUCGGCUCUUGCAUUUGUUGAUAUCAACCAAGAUUUAAUGGCAGACAUCGUUGUUAUCAACCGCAAUGGCACGUCACAGUCACUGUCUGUAUUUCUAAGAUUGACCGACGGCUCAUGGCAGUGCUGUCCGAUGCCAGCUAUUCAGUCGUACCUAACCCCUCGACCUUCAUUCACAGACUUUGAUGCGGACGGGACGAUGGAUAUCAUGCUACCCGUCUGUUCAUCAUCAAACUGUUUAGAUGCCAACGUUCUCAUCAUGUUCAACGCGAUGUCGUCACCUCAAGACUGCCCCACCUUUGAAACACUGAAUAUCAGUCUAAGUCACGUCGUAGGCGAAGAACUUGGUGUGCGUUUCGCAUCGAUUCUGAUCUUUCCUUCCGUGUCAGAGCUCUCGAUCCCCACGUGGAUCAGAACAGGAGAUUAUAAUUUAGACACUUACCCGGAUGUUCUCAUGGUUGCUAUGGUAAUGUCAAGUAAUAAAUAUCAAGCUUUCUUAUUGGAGAAUACAGACUGUUCGACGUCGUAUAACUGUGGGCGUGGUCGGACAUUAAAACAAGUUAAUAUCAAAAAGGUCAAUCCAGAAGGCGGCGAUGUGAAACUUGCAUUGUUUCACAACAUCGACGACGACGGCGAUUGGGAUAUCUUACUCAACGUUGUCUCCGACAACACACAGAAGGUCGAAAUACAAAUCAUCCAAAACACACUCAAUUCGGACGCUAACUUUCUGAGCGUCGACGUCAUGACGGCUGCGUGUGUCCGACCACCAAAUUGUGAUAAAGACGUUGGCUACGGAGUGAGCCAACUGGGUGCCACAGUCGAGUUCUCAACAACCGGUUCGUAUGGUAGAAAAAUACGUUCAACUUCCGGUCAAAUUUCAAAAUCGGGAUCAUUCAGUUGUUCACUGCCGUACGUCAUUUUUGGUUUGUCUCGAAGUUCGACGUUCAUCGAGCAUCUGACUGUUGGUAUCCCGUAUGUCAAGGAGAAAGGCCGAUCUACGAAGACGAGAUCUUCGAUCAUCCCGAAUUCCCAUCUCUAUAUCAUUCCACAGCCGAGUGAUGACCCAGACAAUUGGAGAAAUGUUUUGCUUGUUAAUCCGAGUAACAAGGUGUUGUAUACGCUCAUCGUGUUUGUAAACACGUGCGUUGUGUUUGGCGUCAUCGUCGGGCUGCUGCAGUGGCGAGAGAAGAGACAGGACGAACGGGAGAAGCGACAGGAAGCACACAAGUUUCAUUUUGAUGCAAUGUAAAUUGAUAUGAACACGGAUUUGAGUUAUUGAAUUCAAUAGUUUUGUGUAUAAUAGAUCAUUGGGAUUAUACAUACAACAAUUAGAUAUGCUGUGAGUAGAUGCUCCAUUUGCAGUGUGGGUGUGAAUGCAUGCUGUUUACAUGAUGAAGUGUCCUUCAAGCUUGUGUUAUACAUACAUACAU